AGAUGGACACGGCCCGCCUCUCUCGAUGACAGUGGCAAACUUAUGGCCAUUGGCGUCGCUGGAGACGUGAUCAGGUUCAUUUUGAUGUGA